CCCACCGCCGCCGGUGGCAAGCGCGGCCUGGCUUACAACACGGCCUCCCUCACCGCACCCUUCAUGACUUCCUCCCAAAUGGGCUUCGCCUACAACUGGGUGUCGAACCCGGACGGCUUUACAUGGAAUGCCCAGAGUGCCAUCAAAUACAUCCCCCUCCUCCACAGCUCCGACAGCAUGUGGACCUCGACCUGGAACGCCGACGCCGCCUCCGCGAUCAAGAGUGGCUCCGAGUACCUGUUCUCCUUCAACGAGCCCGACCUGUCCACUCAGGCGAACAUGAGCCCGCAACAAGCCGUUACGGCGUGGAAGACCUACAUGGAGCCCUUCGCCGGCCAAGCCAAGCUCUGCGCGCCAGCUGUCACCAACGGUGGCGGAGCGAUGGGUCUCACUUGGCUCGCCAACUUCUUGAGCCUGUGCUCCGGCUGCACGAUCGACUGUGUCAACAUCCACUGGUACGACAGCUACAGCAACACGGCCUACUUCAAGAGUCACGUCGACAAUGCUACGACCAUCGGCGGUAACAGACCGGUCUUCGUUUCCGAAUUCGGCACCACGGAUGGUACGGCUGAUCAGAUUUCGGGCUUCCUGGAGACAGUCAUGCCGUACAUGGACUCGAACGACAACGUGGCCGGGUACGCUUACUUUAUGGUUUCCAACGGUCUGCUGGUCUCCGGCACGUCGCCGUCGAGCUACGGUUCUACGUAUGCUACCUACACGGGCUAG